AUGGACGGCCAAAAAACUCCCUUUGUGAGGGAGCUUGGCUCUAGCGACCGCAAGGUCCGCGACAAGGCCCUUGACUCUCUCACCCAGUUCCUGCGCUCGCGCAAUGAUCUGACCCUCAUCGACCUCCUCAAGCUGUGGAAAGGACUGUUCUUCUGCUUCUACCACUCUGACCGACCCCUCACACAACAAGCCCUCGCCCGCGCACUCUCCUACUCCCUCGUCCCAACCCUCCCCCAAGCAACCCUGCACCGCUUCCUGCGCGCCUUCUGGAUAACCAUCGGCCGAGAAUUCCACUCACUAGACCGCCUCCGACUGGACAAGUACCUCUUUCUGAUCCGCUGCUACGUAGGCAUUGCAUUCGAACUGCUAGUGAAGAACACAACAACAAAGGCAGAUGGGAAGAAGCGCAAGCGCGAAGAUGCCGCCAAGGCAGGCCGCGGCAAGAAGCAGAAGAAGCAGACAAAGGUCGAGGCCGAGACCACCGAAGACGUCAAUACCAACGGCGAAGAAAACGAGGAGGCCAAAUUCCCCGAUCUGGCCGCUUAUAUCUCCAUCAUUGAGGAGGGUCCUCUCUGCCCUUUGAACUACGAUCCUGACCAGUCGAAGGACGAGGGUGAUCCUAAUUUCGUGCCUAUGCCUCAUGGCCCUGAUGGGCUUCGUUACCAUCUUGUUGAUAUUUGGGUUGAUGAGUUGGAGAAGGUUCUUGAGUUUGAGGAGGUGGGCGAUGAGGAGUCUCCGAAGCGGAAGAUUAAGAGUGAUGUUCCUAUGGAGCUUAUCCUGCGGCCAUUGGAGAAGCUGCGUACCGAAAGUCCUUACAAGCCUGUUCGUACGAGGGCUGCUGAGGCUUUGAAUGAUGAUCGUCUUGUUGAGUGGGGUGUUCGGACGAGGGAGUCUGAGGAAGAUGAUAGUGAAGAGGAGGAGUGGGGUGGUUUCGGUGAUGAGUAG